AUGGUCGGCAUUUCAAGUGGCAAAAAGGCAUGGCAGGAAAGCAUCUCCCUGAAGGAGCUGCAGCGCAGAGGCGUCUGCUUGCUAAAACUCCAAGCUGCCAACCAGAGAACCGGCCUCUACGGACGGCUGCUCAUCACGUUUCAGCCCAGAAAAUAUGAUUCAGACGCCGAGCUGCCCUAUAACAGUUUCGGGCCUGGGGACAUUGUGGGCCUUUACGAUUCAGCUGGCCAGGCUGAUCCGCUCUCCACUGGCAUUGUAACACGGGUCACCUCCAAAGCAGUGACUGUGGCCUUUGAGGAGUCUCGAGAUGGCAUGCUGAGCUUGGACCGAGAGAGCUCUUACCGCCUGCUGAAAUUAGCCAACGAUGUCACCUACAACAGGCUGAAAAAAGCUUUAAAUGCACUAAAGCAGUAUCACGCUGGUCCGGCCUCUGAUCUCAUCAACGUCCUCUUCUGUUCUUCUGAUCCGAGUGCAUUCAGUGAAACAAAGCCUCUAAAGCUUUACAAUGACUCACUGGACGCAUCGCAGAGGGAAGCUGUCUCCUUCUCACUGGCCCAGAGGGAGCUCGCCAUCGUCCACGGACCACCUGGCACAGGGAAGACCACUACACUGGUAGAGAUCAUCUUGCAAGCUGUACAGCAAGGCCUGAAAGUCCUGUGUUGUGCCCCAUCCAACGUAGCUGUGGAUAACCUGGUGGAGAGGCUGGCUGGCUACAAAGCCCGCAUCCUGCGGCUUGGGCACCCCGCUCGCCUGCUGGAGCCCAUCCAACAGCAUUCCCUGGAUGCAGUCCUGGCCCGCGGCGACAAUGCCCAGAUAGUGGCGGAUAUCAGGAAGGACAUCGACCAAGCCUUUGCAAAAAGCAAAAAGGCUCAAGACAAGGGAGAGCGGAGCCACUUUCUCAGUGAGAUUAAGGCACUGAGAAAGGAGCUGAAAGAACGAGAAGAAACUGCCAUGGCUGCAGCCCUUACCCAUGCCAGUGUUGUCCUUGCUACAAACACAGGUGCCUCCUCGGAUGGCCCGCUGAAGCUGCUUCCCGAAAAUCACUUCGAUGUGGUGGUGAUAGACGAGUGCGCUCAGGCGCUGGAAGCCAGCUGCUGGAUACCGCUGCUGAAGGCUCCAAAGUGCAUCCUCGCUGGGGACCACAAGCAGCUUCCCCCCACCAUCAUCUCUCACAAGGCUGCUGCCAAGGGCCUCUCGCUCAGCUUGAUGGAGCGUCUCAUCGAGAGGUACGGGGAGAAGAUUGUGAAGAUGCUGACGGUGCAGUACCGAAUGCACCGGGCCAUCAUGCAGUGGGCUUCCUCGGAGAUGUACAGCGGCCGGCUCACUGCUCACCCAUCAGUAGCCCAGCAUCUGCUCAAGGACCUGCCGGGCGUCACCUCCACAGAAGAGACUACAAUUCCCUUAUUGCUUAUAGACACUGCCGGCUGUGGCCUGUUUGAGCUGGAGGUGGAAGAUGAACAGUCUAAGGGGAAUCCAGGCGAGGUGCAGCUGGCCGGUUUGCACAUCCAAGCCCUGGUGGAAGCUGGUGUGAAGGCACAAGACAUCGCUGUCGUAGCGCCCUACAACCUCCAGGUGGACAUGCUAAGAGAGCACCUUUGCCACAGGUACCCGGAGCUGGAAAUCAAAUCAGUUGAUGGUUUCCAAGGAAGAGAGAAAGAGGCAGUGAUCCUGUCGUUCGUGAGAUCCAACAGGAAAGCAACCCUUCAGUGGUUUGGGACAAAUCUAGACCUGGAGCCAACGCUGCGCCCGCCGCCAGUCCUGAGCCCCUUGGUUUCUUUCUCGCAGCGUGCAAAGCUCCCCACGGCAUCUGGCCCCAAACCGCAGCCACCUCCGGGGAGGAAACUCAAAGCAGCAGGAACCAAACCGCAGUGUCAGAAACAAGAAGCGCGUUCCUCCCCGAACACGAGUGGGCCUGGGAGAGAGAGCCCGGGGACAAAAGACGGUACCGACCGAUUCAAGGCCAUGCUGGUGGCCUUCCUGGAGAGCGGCGAGACGCAGUUGGAUUUCCCCCCGUCCCUCAAUUCUCACGAUCGGAUGCUGGUUCACCUCAUGGCGGAGGAGUACGGGCUGCAGCACGUGAGCACCGGGGAAGGGAGGGAUCGGUACCUCAGCGUUCGCAAGAAAGAGCCUGCCGAGCCCUCGCUCCCCGCAGCCGCCCCCCGCAGCAAGCGGCUCCCCCUUCCCCAGCCACAACACCCCAGCGGGGAAACUCCCGUCCUCGCCGAGCCAGGAGGAAGCAGCGAGGGCUCAGGGAAAGUGGACCUGAAAACCCUGCACCUGGAGAGAGUUCAGAGGGAGAAAGCCAGACGGGAGGAGGCAGCAAGGAGGGCUGAGGAGCCCGGUGCCGGCCUUCAGGGCAGCAGCAGGAAAAAAGACAAAAGCGAAGCCAAAGGAAAGCCGGCAGCUAAGAGCGGAGCAGACAGCGUGGCAGAAGAAGAUAUCGACGCUCUGAUCUCUGCGGCCAUUAAAGCUGACAACACCUGCGGCUUCCCCCGCUGCAAAGCCAGCGUGACGACCCUGGGACAGCUUUGCCUCCACUGCAACAGGCGCUACUGCCUCAGCCAUCACAUCCCGGAGGUUCAUGGCUGCGGGGAGAAGGCCAAGGGCCACGCGCGGCAGAGGAUCAGCAGGGAAGGGGUUCUCUAUCCCGGGAGCGGCUCCAAAGACAAGUCCCUGGACCCAGCCAAGAGAGCCCAUCUCCAGCGGCGCCUAGACAAGAAGCUCAGCGAGCUGACCAGCCAGAGAAAGAGCAAAAAGAAAGACAAGAGAAUUGAAGGACCUGAAUACUUCUUUUGUGACCUUGAAGUCACAGGUCAGACUAGAAGGAGAGCGGCUUUAUUUGUCCCGGUUAUCCUUAUUGACAACGUAAUGGAUGUACACAGAGAGGCUGGAGAAGGCCAGUAA